AGACCGGGGGUUGGCGCCCACUGCUUUUCUGGGACUACGGCCAAACGCCGCCGUGAGCAGAGGCUGCACACGCCCCCGACACUGGUGGCCGAGCGACCGACGCCGGCGGUCGAUCGGCAGCUCCGCAGGGGGGGCUUAGCAGCACGCCCCCGACGCCUCGGCCUGGGACUGCCGGUGUUGUGGUUCCUGGCUGCCCUGGGGUUGGGGUUGCUGACUGCCGACACCGACGCCGAGGCCUCCGGCCCAGAUGUUGCUGCCUACUGGGCAUGCAAACUGAUGAAUCCUCCCAUGGACAAUCAUAAUCCAGGCGCUUCUCUGUCGGGAACCGGGGAACGUUCCCCAUUUACAGACCCGACGAACGCACCAGUUAAUGUUCAUGGGAAUGAAAAUCCCACGUGUCAAAAUCUGCGAGAAAAAAAAAAUUCAAAGGGUGCUCAAAGUUGGUAUGCCCGACUGUCCGAUGAGAAAAGAGCGGAAUACCACCAGAAGCGACAUACAUUAUACAAAGAAAAGAAGGCGGCAGCGAAGAAGACAGCUAACCACGAGCAAGUGUCGCAAGCACCUGCUUCUUCCUUGAUGGGUGUGCAACGUACCCCUUUGAGCAACAUAACCAACACACUCGAUGAUGGUAUAUGUACGGCUGCAACCUCGGUGAGUACUAACCAUCAGACCGAAGAUAUGAGUGUUCGAUGCAAGAAGCGAACAGUGACAACGGUUCCUGACACGAAAGUAGGCACAACUAUACUUGAGAGUUUAUGCAGGCCUUCAUUUAUGUGCUCAGCUAUAUGUGACGUGCUCCAAGUAGAGGUGGAGGAUCAUAAUCCAGGCGCAUCUCCGUCCGCAACGGGGGAACGUUCCUCGACGAACACACCAGUUCAUGUUCAUGGGAAUGAAAAUUCAAAGGGUGCUCAAGGUUGGUAUGCCCGACUGUCAGAAGAAGGGCGUUAUCUUGUCUGGUCGUGAAGUUGUUCAUUCUCACUUCAACAUACAACUAACCUCUGAUAAAAAAACUUCUGGAAGAGGGUCAGGGUUGAGAUGAGGCAUGUAUUUGAGUUUUCAAGCUAUAUGGCAAGGCGUGUUUCUAUCCAGAGUUGCUAUGUUUAGUUAAUGGAAUAGAGAUAUACUAGGUAUUUCAGAAGGAAAUAUGCAUACAAUGCUAAAUGUAACUAUUUUAUGUCUCACUAUAAGACAGUGUCAGCUGCAUAUACAUUUUGCAGUAUUACAGAGUUCUAUAAUGGGGUCUCUUGUAUGCUCAGUCUUCCUUGAAUUUCUUCUACCAUAAUAGUCUACUGAACA